UCGUGGGUGGGGUUGGUGAAUAGGGAAGUGGCGCAAGUCCCGGGAUCGCUCCGCUGAAUCCGCCCGCGCGUCGCCGCCGUCGCCGCCGCCCCCCGUCCCGGCCCCCCCCGGGUUCCCUCAGCCCAGCCCGGUCCAGCCCGGUUCCCGGGAGGAUGAAGUUCGUGUAUAAAGAGGAGCAUCCGUUCGAGAAGCGCCGCUCUGAGGGCGAGAAGAUCCGAAAGAAAUACCCGGACCGGGUUCCGGUGAUUGUAGAAAAGGCUCCCAAAGCUCGGAUAGGAGACCUGGACAAGAAGAAAUAUCUGGUGCCUUCUGAUCUCACAGUUGGUCAGUUCUACUUCUUGAUUCGGAAGCGAAUUCAUCUCCGAGCUGAGGAUGCCUUGUUUUUCUUUGUCAACAAUGUCAUUCCACCCACCAGUGCCACAAUGGGUCAGCUGUACCAGGAACAUCACGAAGAAGACUUCUUUCUAUACAUCGCCUACAGUGAUGAAAGCGUCUACGGUCUGUGAAGCUGCUGCCCCUGAGGUGGGGGGUCCCAGCCUACAAAGAGAGAGGUGGCCCCCCUCCUUGACCGAGUCCUCCUUCAGGCUCGACCACCACCUCCCUCCUUCAGGACCUGCACUUCCUAGCGUUCGAGGCUCUCCUCCAGCCCCUCUUGGCAGGAGGGCUCGUGGGGGAGGUGGCUUCUAGGACCUCUCCUUUGCCCCCUUUCUCUUUCCGCCUUCCCCACUGUGCUUUAGACUUCUCGAUUGUCAAUCUCUGUCACGUCUAGGAUUGUUUUGGUUCCUGUUCCCUUUCUAACUGCCCAAGGGGCUCAGAACCCCGACAUUCCCUUCCUUUCACUACCUUCUUUUUGGGGGGUAGAGGGGAGGGACUGUAAUUGUGGGGGGAAGGUAGGAGGCACAUCAAUAAAGAGGAAACCACC